UUACAAAAAGGACCUAUAUAAAUAUCUGAAAUUUCCUCAAUUCUUUCUGCCUGGGUUCUCUCUCCUUCAUUUAGCGAUCAUCCCUCAAAAUUCUCUCCUAUAAAAUAUAAUCCAUUUCAGCCAGUUCGACACUCGAUGGACGAUUUGCCGGAGCAAGUAGCUUGGGAAAUAUUGAACAGAAUCAAGACAACAUCCGAUAAAAACUCUGUAUCUCUGUCCUGUAAGCGUCUCCACAAAUUAGACAACGAGCAGAGAAAAUCCAUCCGAAUAGGAUGCGGCUUAAACCCCGCAAACGAAGCCCUAAUUUCCCUCUGCACCAGAUUCCGGAACCUCGAGAAAAUCGAGAUCUCCUACUCCGGUUGGAUGUCCAAAUUGGGUCAGCAAUUAAACGACAAAGGCCUCCACAAUCUCUCCGCCACCUGUCCCCUUCUAACACAUCUCACCCUAAGCUACUGCACAUUUAUAACCGAUUCCGGUUUAACUCACUUAGCCUCGUGCUCCCGCCUCUCUUCUUUAAAGCUGAUCUUCACUCCAAGAAUCAGCGGUUUUGGGGUAUUAUCAGUUGUAGUGGGGUGCAAGAAUCUUAGCACGCUCCACCUUAUUCGAUGUCUGAAUAUUGCCACCACAGAGUGGCUCGAAUAUCUAGGCAAGCUCGAAACCCUUGAAGAUCUCUGCAUCAAGAACUGCCGCGCGAUCGGAGAAGGCGAUUUAAUCAAACUCGGGCCCACUUGGAAUAAAUUAAACAAACUCCAAUUCGAGGUGGAUGCUAAUUACCGAUAUAUGAAAAUGUACGACCGUUUAUCAGUAGACCAAUGGCAAAAGCAGUGGGUCCCGUGCGAUAGCAUGAUCGAACUUAAGUUGGUCAACAGCAUCAUUAGCCCUGCUAGAGGGCUUGCUUGUGUGUUAGUGCAGUGCAAGAACUUGGAGAAGAUUCACCUAGACAUGUGUGUGGGGUUGAAAGAUUCGGACAUUGUAGGAUUGGCUCGAAAAUCGAGCAAUCUUAAAUCGAUUUCAUUACGAGUGCCGUCGGAUUUCUCGCUCCCUCUUCUGACGAACAACCCGAUUCGUCUAACCGAUGAAUGUUUAGAGGCAUUGGCUCGAAACUGCUCGAAACUCGAAUCGGUUCGAUUGUCCUUUUCCGAUGGUGAGUUUCCGUCGUUUUCUUCAUUCACGGUAAACGGGAUUGUUAAUUUAGUACUAAAGUGUCCGAUUAAGGAACUCGCACUCGAUCAUGUUUAUUCGUUUAAUGAUUUGGGAAUGGAAGCGCUUUGUUCGGCGGAGUUUCUUGAAGUGCUGGAGCUGAGUAGAUGCCAAGAGAUUAGUGAUGGAGGGUUGGGGAUUUUAGGACUGUAUCCUAGGAUUCGUGUGUUGAAGCUUAGUAAGUGUUUGGGAGUGAGCAACGACGGAUUGAGGCCGUUUGUCGGGUCACACAAGUUGAAGGUUUUAACGGUCGAUGAUUGUCCGCAGAUAUCCGAGAGGGGGGUUCAAGGAGCUGCUGAUUCUGUCACUUUCAGACAGGACUUAUCUUGGAUGUAUUAGUGUUUUAUUGUAAGGAUUUGUGAUUGUGUUUCAUUAGGAUAUUUAGUUUUUUUUUUUUUUUUUUUAAUUUGGUAGUGAAUUUGGUGUAGUGUUUAUAUGUAUUAUAUUAUGUGUUAAUGUGUAUCUGCAGAAAUUUGUAUAUGCGUGUGUAAUAUAAAUAAGCUAUUCCUGGAA